GUAAAGUUAAAUUCUAAUAUAGAUAUUGGUAGAUGAAAAAUACAAGUGAAACAUUUAUUAUAUGCAAAACCUUGGUUUAAUGAUAAUAAAAGAUGGAUUCUAAAAAUUGCCAUAAUGUGUGUAAAGAAGUAAAUGAUACUGAACUAUCUACAUCUAAUAAUAAAACAAAUGAGAUAAUACAACUUGUUGAACCUUUGGUUGAUAAUAAAUGUGAUGUUGCUAAUAAGAAUACAUUUGAAGAAAAUCAGAAUGAAAACUCUUUAAGAGAAACAUCAUUUUCUAUUUUUAAUUCUACAACAUUGUCAGAAGCAACCACCUCACAAGACAAUAUUCUAAUUUCGUCAAAUGAUAGUGAUCCAAGCUCUCCUUCUAGUAAUCAAAAUAAGUGUAAAAGAAGUAUUUCAAAAGCUCAAGUAGAUGAUGAUAAUUGUGAUGACACUAAUAUAUUUAAUGAAGAAUCGAGUAAACAUCAAAAAUUAAAUGAAAAUGUUUGUAAUAAAUCAAAAUCAGAAAAUAAAAGUGUUGAUAAUGCACAAUUGGUAAAAGAGCCUAAGGAUAGUUGUAGUGAAGAAACUACUGAAGAUGUUGAAAUGAGAUCAGAAACUGAAGAAGCUGCAACUCUUAGGGAAACAAAGAAUCAUGAAGAAGGACUAGAAAUUGAUAAUGAUAGUUCACAUGUUGGAUAUGCUGAAAAGCCUCUUUUAUCAAAUGUAACAGAACAGGAUUUGCUAGAAUUAGAAGAGUCUCUCUUAUCAAAUGACUCAAAUUUUGAUACUGAACAAAUAGCUAGUGAAGAAGAAUCAGAGUCAGAUACUCCUGCAUGUUUGAAGAAGAAAAGACCAAAGCCAACCUGGUUUGUAGUGCCAGAACUUCUUCACCGUGAAAUGGGAAUUAAUCCAUCGUUUCAACGUAGAUAUUACGGUUCCUUACACGUUGUAGAACACUUUGAACUUAUGUACAAACUUAAAGAGCAUGAGGGUUGUGUUAAUGCUUUAAAUUUUAAUAAAAAAGGAAAUUUAUUAGCCAGUGGUUCUGAUGAUUUAUAUGUAGUCAUAUGGGACUGGGCAAUAGGAAAAAAACAUCAUUCUUUUGCUAGUGGUCAUAGGAGUAAUAUGUUUCAAGCUAAAUGGCUACCAUUCGAUGAAGAAAAUUUAAUGGCUACAUGUGCUCGUGAUGGACAAGUACGUUUAUUAGAUAUUAGACGUGGCGUAUCACGAAAAUUAGCUACGCACAAUGCGCCAACUCAUAAACUUGCACUUCAUCCCGAUACGCCACAUGUUAUUGUUUCUGUUGGUGAAGAUGCAAAAGUUUUGUCUAUAGAUAUUAGAGAAGAGAAACCAACAAAGUUGCUAGUUGUAAGAGACGGUUCUUUCCACGUGCAAUUGUACAGCGUUCAUUGUAAUCCUCUCAAAAGCAACGAAUUUUGCGUUGCUGGUCGGUCUCAAUGGGUUAGAGUAUAUGACCGACGAAAUGUAUCUAAACCAAUACACGAAUUAUGUCCUUCACAUUUGACUGAGAAGAAACAUGUACAUGUAACUUGUGCUUUAUACAACUAUGAUGGAACUGAAGUUCUUGCAUCUUAUAACGACGAAGAUAUAUAUUUAUUUGAUGCAAUAUCGCCACAACCUGGUGAUUUUGCUCAUAAAUAUGAAGGUCAUAGGAACAAUGCUACUGUGAAGGGAGUUAAUUUCUUUGGGCCAAAGAGUGAAUUUGUUAUAUCUGGGUCGGAUUGUGGGAAUAUAUUUAUCUGGGAGAAGAAUACGGAAGCAAUCGUAAAUUGGAUGCCUGGAGAUGAACAAGGAGUGGUGAAUUGUUUAGAACCUCAUCCACAUAUUCCUAUUCUUGCAACAAGUGGGCUUGAUUGUGAUGUAAAAGUUUGGGCACCUUCUUGCGAAGAUCCACCUUCACUUCAAAAAAUAGAAAAUGUACCUUUAAUAGAAAAAUGUGUUACAUUUAACGUAAUGAGCAGGGCACAAGAAACUACUACCGAAUCCGAUGCAUUCGAUAGUCAAAUGCUUUGGAUAUUAUUAAGACAUUUGCGUCAUACGGAAAGAGUAAGACUAAGCCUAAACGUAAGACAAGUUUCUAGUGAUCAAAAUCAGGAUGAUGAUGACGACGACGAUGAUGAUAAUAUUGAUGAUUCUUCGGAUGAUGACUCUUCUGAUCAUAGCGAUAGUCAAUCAGAAGGAGAUGGAAUUAGAAGAUUCCAAUGUCCUCCAUCUUAGAGGUAUUAAAACGGACUAUUCUACGUUUUGUACAUUAAUAUUUAUACUGUCUUUGAAUGAUGUUAUUACAAAUGGCUAAUUAUGAUGAAGAGAUUAUGAUAAAUUUAGACGUUUUGAAAUUUUGAUUUAUCUCGUUCUACCAAUUUAGUAGUUUAAUCAUACAAGUGAUAUGUAUAAUUUAUUAUAAUCAUAAGAUUUAGGGUGCAUUGAAUAUGUAUAAAGACUUGCUAAAAAUAUGUAAAGUAUUAGAUGAAGAUUAGAAAUAAUGUAGAUCCAUUUCUAGUAACAACAUAAUUACAAUUUUGUAUUAUUCUC